CAGGAUGACUUCAGUUAUUGGAUGAUUGCUGUCUGAUGGAUGGAAAAAGGAGGAGUAAACCUUCCAGUCUGCACUGACGGAGCUGAAACACAGAAACCCGAUUUACAGGUGCAUGUAACAGCAUUGCAGUGAUGAGUGGAAUUUUAAAGAGGAAGUUUGAAGAAGUUGAUGGCACCUCACCUUGUUCCUGUGUGUGGGAAUCAGAUGAUGACAUUUCUAGCAGUGAAAGUGUUGACAGUGGAAGAAAUGUCCAUCCAUCCACUUCUAAUCAUUUUUCUCGUGCAUGUGACAGCAUUGCAGCAAUGAGUGGAAUUUUAAAGAGGAAGUUUGAAGAAGUUGAUGGCUCCUCACCUUGUUCCUCUGUGCGGGAAUCAGAUGAUGACAUUUCUAGCAGUGAAAGUGCUGACAGUGGUGAUAGUGUCAAUCCAUCCACUUCUAAUCACUUUACCCCUUCUUCAAUCCUGAAGAGAGAGAAGCGGAAGAGAACAAAAAAUGUCCAUUUUAACUGUGUUACUGUGUAUUACUUCACGAGAAGGCAAGGCUUCACCAGUGUUCCCAGCCAGGGGGGAAGCACACUGGGAAUGUCUACGCGCCACAACAGCGUGCGCCAGUACACGCUUGGAGAGUUUGCAAUGGAGCAGGAGAGGCUUCACCGAGAGAUGUUAAGAGAACAUCUAAGGGAGGAAAAACUCAAUUCUCUAAAAUUAAAGAUGACGAAGAACGGUACAGUGGAAUCUGAAGAAGCUAAUACGCUGACUCUGGAUGACAUUUCUGAUGAUGAUAUUGAUCUAGACAACACUGAAGUAGAUGAGUACUUCUUUCUGCAACCCCUGCCGACAAAAAAGCGACGGGCAUUGCUGCGAGCUUCUGGAGUGAAGAAGAUUGAUGUGGAAGAAAAACACGAGCUGCGAGCUAUCCGCUUGUCCAGAGAGGAUUGUGGCUGUGACUGCCGCGUGUUCUGUGAUCCAGAAACUUGCACUUGCAGUCUUGCAGGCAUAAAAUGUCAGGUGGAUCGUAUGUCUUUUCCAUGCGGUUGCACUAAGGAAGGGUGUAGCAAUACAGCAGGUAGAAUUGAAUUUAACCCUAUCCGUGUACGGACUCACUUUUUGCACACAAUAAUGAAACUUGAAUUGGAGAAAAAUAGAGAGCAGCAAGUUCCAGCACUGAAUGGCUGCCACAAUGAGAUAAGUGCACACGCUAGUUCUAUGAGUCCGGGACCCCAUCCGGUUGAAUAUUCCAUUGCAGAAAAUUUUGAGAUUGAAACUGAACCUCCGGCUUCGGUUAUGCAUUCCCAGUCAGCCGAGGACUUGGACUGUCCAGGGGAAGAGGAGGAAGAGGAAGAUGGGAGUAGCUUUUGUAGUGGAGUUACAGAUUCUAGCACACAGAGUUUAGCCCCUAGCGAAUCAGAUGAUGAUGAAGAGGAAGAGGAAGAUGAGGAGGAAGAUGAUGAGGAAGAAAAAGCAGAUGAUUUUGUAGAAAGCAUGGGCUCCCAUGCUGAUAUGGUGCCUCUUCCUUCUGUCCUUUGCUACUCUGAUGGAAGUGCUGUGCAUGAAAACCACUCUAAAAAUGCCUCAUACUACACUAACUCUUCAAGUCUGUAUUACCAAAUAGAGAAUCACGUUGCUGGCACUGCUAACCAGAUAGGUGAGACUUACUCAGAAAGGGAUGCUGUCAAGAACGGUAGUCUUUCUCUGGUGCCUUACAACAUGACUUCAGAACAGUUUGUUGACUACACACGGCAAUCAGAGGAAACUUUUAGCAGCCCUCAUUACCCUUCUGCAAACCCCUCAGUGAUUGUUUGCUGCUCAUCUUCUGAAGGUGAUAGCAGUGCUCCAUGUAACAGUUUAUACACUGAGCAUAGGCCAAGCCACCCUCAAGUGGAAUUUCCCUCAUACUUGAAAGGUCCUUCUCAAGAUGGCUUUGUUUCAGUGUUGAAUGGCGACAGUCACAUACAAGACCACCCUGCUGAGAAUUCGCUAAACCUCCCAGAAAAAAGCAGACUGCACGACGAGUGCAUCAAAUCCCCAGUGGUAGAAACGGUACCUGUUUAAUAUUAAAAUUAUUCUAGGACUGACUUCCUGUAUUGAAAUGCACUCACACUGGAUUUCCUGGAAUCUUACUUUUUUAAGAGGUAGACAACACUUGGACUAUCAUCAGUGUUCCAGACACAUUUUGUUUUCUCAAGCUACACUGGCAGUGGUAUUGCACAAAACCAGUUCAUGUAAAAAUUUAAAUUAAAAAAAAAUCAAACUGUCUUUUGAUAAAAAUAAAACGCGUAAGUAAAAAUACACCCAACAUAUUUCAGAGUAGCCUACCUAUCAAAGUAUGUGAAACCUGCCACGGUAUCUGAAUCAAAGCUUCGUGUUUUUGAUUGUCGGGCCUGUGCAAGAUUGUUAAAAAUAAUGAUACUUUGAAAUAAUCAUGUUUGGAGUCCUAAUUUUCAACAUAUCUGAAAAGAUGGUAAGUUUAAUGUAAAAGUAACUACUGUACAAAAAAAGUUUUAAUUGUUCUGUACUGUAUGUAUUUUAUUUAUGGUAGUUUAGUACUCAUAUUUUGAUAAAAAUGAACAGCAUGUUCAUCUGAGCAGAAGAUCCAUAGCUAGUUACGAAGAGCAUGUCCACUUUUCAUCUGGAGUACCUUGUGUUCUUCCUUUUUUUAUUUUAAAUACCAUUUCUGGUAAAUUAUCUUGAAAUGCAUUUUUAGAGUGUACUGUUUUCUCUUUUACUGUUCUUGACAAACGGAAGAGUCGGUAAGGGGCCAUUUACAUCUUCUAGAAAGGUGAAAGGUAGACAAUCCUCCAUUAAAAUUAAAACCAGUGGCAUUCCAGAACUAGUACCCCCUCCCCAAAGAAAAAUGUUCUUGUAUAUAAUGACAAAGCAGUAGCUUAAGCUUGCACAGCACCUUUUAGCCCAACAAACAUUCAGAUACUUAUGCACUUUAGUGCCAUUUUGCAGUACUGUAUUAACUGCGGGAACUGUGAACUAUUUUGGAGAAAUGCCAUAGCUCCAGACUCCGAGGUAUAUGUAAGAUCUUACAAUUCAUUGUAACAAAACCUGUACAUUUUUCCCAAGCCAGUUCAUGAAUAUGUCAGUAGGUAAUUUAAAAAAGCAAAGUCUUGUUGAUCAGAGUUUAUAUGAAGCAUGGAAAAAAUGUGGAAGUGUCUAGAUUUCCUAAAUAUUUAGCAGUUUUUAUGAAGUACAAGACUGGCUUUUGUGGACUUGUGAUUGUAUCUCAAAUUUACAGUAAUUUGGCCUAAUUAGGAACCAGUAGAUUCAGUGAGGAAACAUGACUUCAGAAAUUUCGUAUCUGCUAAAGUCUGCAAGCAAAAUAGCACGUGCAUCGUAUGGAUAUCCGUUCCCUUGUACUCCAUUUGUUUUUAAAUGAAAUGGGAAUUAAAAUACCUGCUGUAUCUCAACCUUUAAUUUAUUAACCAACCUUGCUUUCUUUUAGAAAAAGAGGUAUAGGAAAGGAACCUCCUUUUCUCUACACUGAUUAUUCUGCACUGCCUUACUUUGAUUUAAAAAUCUAUUUUAACAAUUUUUCUAAUACUGAAAUUUUACUUAUUAUACAUGAAGUGGGUUGAAUUGUAGACCUGUCUUGUUUGUCAGAAUAAGGAUCAGCAUCUUAGUUUUUAUCUGUCAAAUCUAGAUGGUAUGCAUGUAAACACAGUGUAAAUUUUAGCUCUGUAACAGUGACUCUUCUGGUUAGGAGCUCUUGAAAACAUCAUGUACAGUACUCCAGUAGAAAAACUGCCAGAUUUAAAAUAUGCUUUUUAAAAAAAUAAGCAGAUUUAAUUGUUUUUAUAUGAAAUCUGGGCAAAGUGAUUUCUCAUUUUUGUGCUAAAUUAGCAAAAUAUUUUUACUCCAUGUAGUAGCUGGAAAGGUUUUUUUUUUAUUCAUUUCCACAAGAAGUCCUACAUGUUUUAUAUGAACUGCAUUGAAAAGUCCUAGUUCUCUAGGGACUGGAUUCCACACUUGCAGUGCAUUCCAUCUCCUGGGAAAGUGCAGUCAUGCUGGUUAUCUGGCUCAGCAGUUCCUUAGCCUCUGCUCCUCUUAGUCACAGAACACUCCAGUCUCUUUCUCAAAAGGCUGAGUAGCCAGGUAAGCGCAUGUAUUCUCCAAUUUCAUACAGCAAAUACCCAUCUUUAUUUUUAAAGAGAAACAUGUUCAUAAAGUUCUGCAUCUAAAAAUAAUAUUAUUCUCUUCAAGAUAUUUUAUGGGCAAAUGUAACAAGUCUCUGUGUGUAUAGGCAUCUUGCAUUAAUACUAGGCUUAAAUCUGGCACUCCCACUUGACACCAGCACCAAAAGCACAAAUCCCUUCUACUUGAGCUGGGACACCAGCUGUGAAUCAGCAGCAGCUUUUUAACCUCAGAAUGUGUUGGAGGAUCAUGCACAAUUUACCAGGGUAUUCUCUCAGGGGAAAGUUAAAUGAAACAUUUUGUUUCAGUAUUCACCCCCUUACUGAGCAAUAAGAAAUUAUUUUCUUGGCCCCUGUGCUUUCACACAAAAAAUAUCUUUAAUAAUAUUAGCAAACCCAGUAAGUGAUUAACUUUAUAAAACACAUCUCAGCUAGCUUUAAAAUACUGAGAUUAUGGUUAUAUAAUAUUUCCAUUGGCACAGGCUUCAGACCCCAGGCCUUCUUAGUAUUAGCAUCUGUAUAACCCUCUGAGUACUUGGAUGUGUAUGUUCCAUGCCACUGGGGCACGAGGGGUGAAUACAGCUAAAUUCUCAAAAUCUUGCAGCGUAGGAUAACAAGCAGUACCUUGUAGUAGGGUAAAGAAGGCAGCGACUGUGUAACGAAUGUGAACUACACUAUUUUCCCUUGUUUAAAAUGGCUAAUUCCUGGGACACUCAAACUAAAAUGUGCAGAAUAAAUGAAGAUUUAUGAUGAAAAAAUAUUCUUAACUACCUGGUGAUGAUGUAGAUAGUAAUACCUUCCUUUUGAUUCGAUCUGAUGUUUUAUGAUCAAGAUUUGAUCUCAGGAUACAAAGUAAACAAGUCUUGUUUAGUUCUUGCAAGAAGUUACAAAGUCAAGUCUGUUUAUAAUUCAUGGAGAUUUCCUGGUAGCUGUACUAAUAUCAACAAGCCUUCUAACAGAGAUAAGCUCAUACUGUGAGGAAAAAACCCUCAGAAAACUCUGUUUUUGAUAUAGGCUAAACCCGUUCCCCAAACAAUUCUAUACAGCAAAUAACAAAAAAAGUCACAGCCAUAACCAAAACAGAUUCAACUGUGAAAUACAGAACAUUUUAACUGUGAAAUCUAAAAAAACAAAAAAAUUGAACUGUGACAUCUAGAGUAGGCUAUCGAAAUCAGGUGAGAGUCAGCAUUCCUACCAGUUGAUUAAAUUUUGAUGUGUUGUUUAGAAAAAAAAGCACUCUUCAUAUAAGGAAAAAUAAAGUUAUGGGGUGGGAAAUGUUAUUUUCUGGGCUAGCUUACAAGAUAUGAUGUGUCCCAUUUCCCAGUUGGUUAAUACCCAUAUUGAUAACCAUUCCUUUCAUUUUGGAUAAGGUUAUUUCUGUGUAAUAAAAGUAUUAUGUUACUAAAUGAUAAACGGCAGUACUUGCUUCUAUAUCAACACAGUAUAUAAUUUGUGGAAAUGUUUACUGAUAGUUGUAUCAGCUUUAUUUCCAAGGUAUCUGGCUACUGAUAAUCACUCCCAAUAAGCCAGGUAAUAAAUUGGUAGAUAGUUUAUGGUUAAAUUACAUAGUUCAGAAAAAUAAGUCAUAACAAAAGCAUUUCCCUCUGUUAAAACAGAAUCUUCACACAGAUGAUCACAGAAGCAGCACCUAAAACUGGAUGCCUUUUUGCCUAGAAUGUGAACUUUGCCUCUCUUGGAAAAAAACAUAUCAUUAAAGUUUAUAUAUAAAGCUUUAUCUGAUGUUAGACACAAAAUCAGAGCUUGAUUCAAAUAUAAAAUUGCAGCAAUUGUAAUUGUUUCCUAAGAGCUAUAAUUCAUGCCCACUGGAACAUCCUUUAAAAAAUUAAAAGCUGGUCAGUAAAAUUUUCUAAUAUUAAUUUCCUUUUUCUUAAAAAAAAAAUAAAAUAUUUGAUAAACUGUAUGGCAUUUAGAUCAGAUAGUUCUAGAUUUGUAAAGUUUCACUGCUUUUCAUUUACAUAAGUUCCUGCUAGUAAAUCAUAAUGUGACAUUUAUUUAUUUUAAGGCCAUUGAUUACACCAUAUUAUAGUAACCAUCACUGGCUAUAAAUAUGGCUCAACCUGCUCACUGUUCUGCUAACGGAGUUGGUUAACAAUGCGAUCCUGCCCUUUGUCUAUGUUCUGCAGAAAUUGCAUGUAAUAGUCAUGGUGGUGUUACUCACUGGUUUGGUAACUGAUCCAGAUCCAGUUUCUAAUCUUAUCUGGGUGUUGUAUUUCAGUAAACGUGCUAACAAACUGAUCAUAUAGCAUUCCCUGCCACACAAUCAGGAGGAUAUCUUCACAAAACACAGCUAGUUUGUUAAACAUUGUAAACAUAUAUUUGUAUGCAAACCAGAGCAUGUAUUAUGUUUUUUUAGUAUUUUGGGUGUUCCUGAUUCUUCGAUAGAAAGAAUACAGUUGAUAGAGACUAUUAGGCUGAGACAGAGGAGACCUGGGUUCUGUUGCCUUGGCCUUUGUAUUGCUGUGUCACUUUAUGCUCUGGUGUCUAAGGUACUUGGCGAUACCACGAUAAAAAAAUAAUUCUAUAGAACAGGUAAAAUACUAUUUUUUCCCUUUUUUUUUUUUUUUUUUUUGGCAUUGUAACUAAAUUUUGUAACUAAAUACUGCAAACUAAGUCACUUUCCCAAUAAAGCCCAGUCCAGCUCAGAAGUGAAUAGAAAUUUUAUCACUAAUGUGAAACAGCAAAGUAAGCACUCUUUUCCAUGGAUUGGAUUAAUGAUUAAAAGUUUAAUGAUAAAUUUCACAGUGAAAAUUAGAACAAAAGCUGUGUUGAAUAUACAACAUUUACCUGCUGGGUGCUUAACGUUUGAGCAGCAAGAUUGUUCACCUGCACCACCGUACUUGGCAGCAACAGGCAGUCUUAUUCCCCUGCAUGUUGCUGUCUUUUGCCAGCUGAAUUCUCUCAGUUGAAACUCCUUGUCUAGGCUGCUCAUGUAGCAGAGCAGGUGCCCUUACUCAGAGCUAAAGCAAGAGACCCAUGAUACUGUUCUAAAAGGCAUUUGCUAAAUAAGGAACUCCUCUAACAGCUGUAUAAACUCAUGUUCAUUGUGCCAGUUUGAUUUCCUGAAGCAGUCAGGAGCAGGGACAAAGAGGAUGAUAUGGGAAAUCCUUAAGUGUUCAGGGUUGUUACACUUUCCCACUGAGGCUAAAGAGUAAUUCUAUCAUCUACUUUAUUAUGAUUGCAGAACAUGUGAUGUAAAAUACUUAGAAAAACUAGAAUUAACUCAGAGAUUAUAUUCUAUAGAAUUUAUUUCUAAAAUAUUAAAUCUGAUUACUAUUUUUUUAAAAUGGUAGAAAGCUACUGUUAUUUUCAAAACAGAGUCUAGUUCAUUAACAUGUUCCUUGGUAUGAGAAAUCUCAACAUUUGCCUUUUCAAUGUUUUCAAAUUUUUUUAAAAAGAUUCCUUAAUUUUGCUGUUCUCUGUAAUUGCUGUCCAUGUGCAAAUGAUUAAUUGUCCAUUUUUUCCAAGAAGUGUGAAAUCCAAAGCACGAACAUUGUGAAGUGAUGAACAAGUGCGACUUAGUUGCAAAGAUGUCUGAGUGAACACAUGCUUGAGUUCUUCAUAAGUGCUUCCUGGUCACUGUCUCUUCCCACUCCUAAAUCAGAGGCAGCUUUUAACUUUGUUGCUAAUAAAUGUGUCAGAGUAUUAUUUUCACUUAAGGAGGAAAGUUAUAACAUCCUUGAGAACUUUCUGCUACCCUAAUGGCUGAUAACCAAGAAUUUUAUUUUAUAAGAACGUCCAAUUCAUGAAACAUCUGUUUUGCAGCCUUAGUCUUUUUAAUUCCUUCCUCCCUUCAUCUUAGUGUCUGGGAAGGGUCUGUUGUACAGCAAGGCUUUUCAUUAAAAUCGAGCAUGAGGACAACUUUAGUGUCCUCUGUGCUAUCUAUCCUUUAUUUUGCUAAAAGAGGUCGUUGUGGUUUUUUUUUUUCACUUAACAUUAUCAUGUAGGUAGAUUAGAACUGUGAUGAAAACUAGUCCCCCAUUGGCUCUGAAAUGAGGGAGCAGUCCUGGUGGGGAUCUGUAGACUCUCCCUUUGCAUGCAGACAGACAGGAAGGAAACCUACCCCACAGGCUCCAGAGGUGUGGUAGGGGAUCCUCGUUGUCUCCUGAGGUGUGUAGAUCCAGGGAAAGACUGUCAUCCUUGAUAAAGCACAGCCCAGUACAGGAUGAAAAUCCAAGAUUGGGGAAGGGAGAAAACCAUCAUUUAGGGGAACAAAAAAGUUUCCUUCAAGCUACUGUUAGGAUUUUUUUUUUCUAAUAUAAGUAAUAAAUGAUAAAUUAAAAACAACCUUUUAUAAAAUAGAAGUGAAUUAGAUCUUAGAAAGGAGAAGUUAAAAUAUGUAUUGCUCUACUGCUGUAUAGUCUUUAUGAUUAGGAGGAUACCUCCACACAGAAGGCCCCACUGACAAGAGAACCAAAUUCAUGGUGCUCUAUUGCUGCUUCUCAGUUGAGAAGAUUAUAGUCCUUUACCCAAUGCUGGUGGGGUGGGUGUAAAAACAAAAGUCAGAAGGCAAACCUCAUUUACUUACUCAAUUUUCUUGAUUUAGAUCUUGCCAAGGACACUUUCAUUUUAGAUAGUUCAUGAAUUAAUGUCAAAUAGAACCAAGUCAAAAGAAGUUUGCUUCAGUGUAUGUUCUUUAACUGUGCACUUUUCCAACUAGAUUAGCUUUCCUCAAUGGACAGGAAAAGUGGUGGAAGAUAGAAAUGUACACCACUGUUCGAAUGCAAAGAUAGUCUUUUGUCUUGAGGUAUGGGUGGACAUACCUUGGAGUGAGUGAGGGGAGAAUAGAAAGGGCAAUUUAGAGGAAAAGAAGGAUGAAGGCAAGGGGUAGAAUGAUAAGGACAGUUUUUUUUUCUUCUAAAGGGCAAAACAAAACAUUAUGUAUGGAAAAAAAAAAAAAAAAAAAAAAAAAAAAAAGGAAGGAAAAAGGAAAUUAAGAUAUCCCCAGAGCACGGAUGGAAAAGUAUAUGCAUGCUCACUACAAGCUUGGCCAUGUUAGAUCAUAAUAUUAAUUCUGUUAUUUAAUAUAUUUUAAAACAAACAGAAAAUCAGUGCAAACAGGAAAUGCCAUUUUUCUAUACCAGUUGUAUACAGGCAGACAUUAAAUAAAGGACUUAUCCAAAAGCAUGGGGUAAAAACUACAAAGCAAAGCUACACCCUAGAAACACAGCUAUUUCUUUGCCUAUGUAAGUCAUGUUCAAUAUAGUUUUAGUUAACUCUGCUCCCAGACACAUGUUCAAAUGUAAGAGGUUUCUCAGAUAACCAGGGACACCAAAAGCAAAGAAGAAAUAGAUGUCCUUUUUUAUUAGCAUUUUAGCUUGGGAUUUUCAACUGAGUCUUGGUAUAUGGCAGCUAAUUCUUUUAAAGAUGUUCUUAAGAGUGAAAUUUCUGUUGGAUUAUGGGUGAAGGUCAACCUUGCUGGGGUACUGGGGGAUCACUGUAAACAAGCAGCCAUCCAUUUGUGAGUCUCUGAUACAUAGGUUGAGCAUGCAGCUUCUUGAAAAGAUUGCAUCUACGACUGGCAGCUGGUUCUUUUAAAACAAAACCAGAAGCAAGCACGCUGGUUUUUUUUUCAAACCAUUUCACACAAAUGCCACCACUUCAGUUGUCUCAUAACAAUGCCCAUGUAAACAGUGCUUAAGAACUGGGCCCUUCUUUUAAUUGACUGAUUGUAGGCACUUCUAUGGAAAUACGUCUGAAGUGUAGUUCGUGAAACAUGUUAAAAAAGUGUUUGAUGUAAAAUAAGCGCUAGACAUUUAACAGUGCAAAACUAGUCAAAAUCUGUAGAUUAAAAAUCCAUUCCUAAGAGCCUCAGCCUGUAAUGUUGUCUUAGUAAAGUUGAUCUUUUAAGUUAAAUUGCAUUCUGGUGUAAAAGCCUUUUACAAAUAAAAUUAACACCACAAAUGUACUCAUUAAUACCUGUUAAGAUAAAGACAUGGCAAUUGGCUAUUUUAAUUUGUUUCCAUCUACAGCUAAGAGAUUGCAAUUUUGUAAAAAACACAACCACCACCAACAGUUACUACAUUUUUUAAGUUUAAAGUGUUUUCAUUGUUUUAACAAAUACAAACUACGUAUUUACACUGUCUAUCCAGCCCAGUCUUCUAGGAGGUUCAUCUCUCUCUGUAUAUAUAUAUUUCCCAUAAGAAUAUAAAAUUGCUUUUGAAAUUUUUGUUGGCAAGUGGUAAAUAAUACCACAGCAUGGAUUCAAAAGCACUUAAGUUGAUGGUCUUUCAGAGGUGUAAUCAACUCAAAUGGGACUAGUAAAAUUGUGAUGUAAUUGCAGCUGUUUGUUUAAAAUUUGUACAUUACUUCUAACUUUACUAAUUUUUGAGAAAAAUAAUUAAGUACUUAACAUUUUCCAUUACAGAUGAUCUUGCAUACUAAAAUUAUGGAGAUCUCAGCAGUAAAGCAACAUAUUUAAUUGGACUGCUGCUUUUAAAUUGUUUGAAGAAGCAAAGGGAAAGAAAGUUCAUCUUAAAAUCUGUACAUGGAAAUAAUUUAAAGCUUCAUGAACUACACAUUUCCUUAAUUUCCUUUUUUUUUUUUUAAACAAGUUGUAACAUCAAAGAUGCCAAAGGGUAAUAUAAGCUACAAUAAUAUUCAACAGAACUUAACCUAGACCUUAUGUUGUAAUAAUUUAUUCAAAUUAACUGUAUUCUUCUGUAUUUAUAUUUUCGGUAUUUAUUAUGAAUGAUAUGGAAUUUGAUGUAUUUAUUGUGGCUUAUUACUGCAGUGUAUAUAUUACAAAAAUGAGCAUUUUUAAGUCUUAACAUUAGGUUUUUUUUGUUAAUUAGUGGCACUUGUAUCUGCUGUAUUUUUAUUAUAUAUUGUACAAUAUAUAUUGUCCAUUUGUUUGCAAUGAAGUAAACCAGGUUUCUACGUUA